AUGUCGUCUAUGGCUUGGUCUUUCUACCUAGAUGGCCCAACGCCAUGUCUCAUGGAAUGCAUUUUGUGCAAAAGAUCCGGAAAGAAGAAGUUCGUUAAAAUAAAUGGGAGAUCCACAUCGAAUUUGAUUUCUCACCUCCGACGGCUUCAUGAGAAAGACUUUUUGACCGCCACAUCCAAUGAAACGGUUUUUUAGAAAAAUAAUAACACAAAUAUUUUUGAGUUCAGUUGAAACUGAAAGAGAGAUUCGAGCCGAUUCACUACGAGUUCCGCGCCGCUCCUCCGUCGGUUCAACAAGAGACUCUUUCUAGCGACGAUGAAACUUUGCUCAAGUUUCCUAUCACCAGUAAAGAUUUCCUAAUCUUUUCAUCUUACUCAGGCUCGUCACAUCUGGAAGUCUCAGUUUGAACGCCUUCGGUUCAAAUGAGUUCAACGACUUUCUUGGGUCCGUGAAUCCUUGUUACGAACUUCCUACUAAACUGAAAGUGAUUCACAAAGCCCAAGUUUUCGUCGCUCACUUGGACCUUGAAAUCCGGCAAAUGGUCAAACUCAGUGAAUCGUAAGUUUUUUUUUCAGAUCGAAGAAACUGUAUAACAAAAUUUAGAUGGAGUUUCAACGUCAGCUUGUGGCCUCUGAAGAGACACAAAAAGAUGAUUUUCGCAGUUGUCGCCAACUUCCUUUUCCCACACGGGGAAACCAAAUCGAUCGUGGCUUCAGUGAAAGAGUGUGAAUCUGGGUAUUCAGAGUUCAAUUUAUCACUAUUUCAUCAAAGUUUUCAGCUUGAACUCGGAAGAACUGGCCUUCCACGUGGCCAUGUGCCUGGAAGAAAUUUGUCACGAUGACGAAGUACUGAAAAGAAAGCUGGCCGGGACCACUUACUGCGGCCCUCCUAACUUCAAUCAAGCCUUCGAAAUGCUUCAACAGAACCGGUUAGUUACAAUCACAUAGUAAUCAUUAAAGAGAAUUUUUUCAGAGCGAGUUGUUCCUGUAAUAGCUUGAACGUCAUCGUCACUGAAUCUGUGAGGAAAGUCGAAUUUGUCAAGAGAUUGACGGAUAGACUGAACCAUUUAACGACGGAGAUCUACAGGACCAAAAGUGGUAGAAAGGCGCUGUCAAAGUGAGUUCCAAAUGAAUUAUGUAUGAGUUAAUGACUGAGCUUUUGUUCAGGCUGAAAUAUGAAGGACGACUGAGAAGAAAGCCGGUUUUGUACGACCCCAAGAAGUGGAACUCGCUCUACUUCUUGUACUCUUGGAUUGAUGAAAUCGUUAGAUUUCUUCCUUUUUCUCGGAAAAAAGAACAAUUUCCAGCAUCGCACGGCCUUCGAAGAGCUCUGUCAGGCGGUCGCUUUCCAACCACUUGCUGUGAAAGACUGGGAUGACGUGGCUCAGAUAAGAAAAGCUCUUCAGCCGUUCUACAACAAAACCAUGGAGGUUUAAAUAACAUCAAAGUUUUCAACACUUGAUUCUCUAUUUAAAGAUGCAAAGCAGCAACUGCCUCAUUUCGCAAGUCAUUCCAAAUCUGUCCAUGCUCCAGAAGUCUCUUGAAAUGUGAGUUGCUUUGAAAUAUCAAUACCAAAUCAAUUUCUCAGGUUGGAUGUAUCGACACCUCUGGCCAACGACUUCAAGAAUGAGCUGGUUGAGCAAGCGAUUAUGAAGCUGGCUACUGCCAAAAACAAUGUCAUCUGGAGAAUGGCUUCUUAUUUGGACCCAAGAUAUCUCUUCACGAAGAAGAUUUUCGAUAAAAAUGGUUGGGUGACGAUCGAAGAGGAAGUGACGGAGUACAUAAAAGGUUUGCAGUGGAGCAUUUCGAAAAAAUAUUCCAACUUUUCAGAAUACCACGAAGAGCUGAAAUUCAACUGUCCUGAGGUGGCGAAAAUAAAGGAAAUCAGUUUCGCCGAUUCGGACAGCGAGGGUGAUGAAAAGUUCGAGAACUAUGGUCUGAAGAGGUUCAAGGCAAGCUGUCCAGUCAUCCUCCAGGUGAGAAGAACUCAAAAAAGUAAUAUUAUUUCUCGCAUUACAGAACGAGCUUCUGAAAUACAGAAGCUUCAUCGUCUCUGACCGUCCAAACCGCAACGAAACGCAGAACGAUGCCAUCAUCCGUUGGUGGGUCGACCACAGGACCAUGUUCCCUCUGCUCUCCGACGCCGCUCUGAGGCUCAUGGCUCACACCACCUCCUCACUUAUGGACCAGAAGAUGUGCAGGUAUGUCAUAUCGAACUUUCUCCCAUCGGACGUGAUAUCUUUGAAGGCCUGUCUCGAAGUUGUACACCAAGCUGAGAUCCACAAAGUGUGGCACGCGGACCGUGGAAUACUUCUUGAGGAUUCGGGCUCAUCAGAUGAACGAAUCCAACGAAAGGUAAUACUUUCAGAGCUCGCAAUCCAUUUCUCAUUUUUAUCUUCUAGCGUCUCGGAGUUCGAGAUGUCAUUCGUCAAGGAUGAACCUGGAGUCAACGCCAUCUUCCCAACUCUUGCCAAAAAGUUCGAAGUUCAAGAUGGACUUCACGAGCUCGGGUCCGACGUCGAAUAUGAGUACUCUGAUGAGGACUGA